AUGCCACCCGCUUCCUCGGAAACAGUAUCUAUCGAAGGAGAUCAAUUCUUUCUUCAUACUUGGACUCCCGACCUUAAGCCACGUGCGAUUUGCGUCGUCUUUCACGGUUUUCUUGCACAUGGCGUAUACCCGACUGUGCGAUACGCUGCUCAGUUGCUCGCUGAGGCAAACUAUCUUGUUGUUGCAGCUGACAUGCACGGCCACGGGAAGUCCCCGGGUAGCCCCGGUCUCUUGCCGUCGGCAGAAAAGGUGCUCGAAGGGGGCCGCAAGGUUGUGACGUACGCAAGAGCUUUGGAUCCGACAUCCAAGAUUUUCCUUUUGGGAUCCAGUAUGGGAGGAACUAUAGCACUUUCGGUCGCCAACCACAUGUCAGACGUUUCUGGGGUUGUUCUCCUCGCACCCAUGCUUCAACUUGCGGUAAGUACUCCUGAAAGAAUAUUGUUGUCGGGCUUGGCGUCCUUACCGUGGGUGAAUAAUUGGCAAGUAAUCCCAAGCUCGGCGGCCUCCUCUGACAAGCAAUAUCGAGACCCAAUCCGUCGCAAAGAAUGCGAGGAAGACAAACCCGCUGAAGCACGUAGUUCCUUCAUCGCGAUCGCAUCAGCAUCGACCUGUGUUCAACUGGCCCACGACAUCCAACAAGAAUUGCCGAACGUAACUACCCCCUUCCUACUAGCUGUGGCGGAAGAAGACGUAGUGGUUAAAAACCAAGGCUCCUACGAUCUAUACGAGAAAUCUCCAUCUAUUGACAAGACCAUGAAAAAAUAUGCUGCUUUGCAUGGACUACUUUGUGAGCCGUCCCCUUUGCGAGAAAUGGUUGAACAGGAUAUUAUCGAAUGGCUAAAUGCCAGGUGCUGA